GUCAAAGGAACCUCGCACCCGGCCUUCGCGGCCGUGCGCGCCCUCUUCUCAACACACCUGCAAACCGGCACCGAGAUCGGCGCCUCCCUCUGCGUAAGCAUCAACGGCGAAACCGUCCUCGACCUGUGGGGCGGCAGCACCGCCAGCCCCGCCACCUCCUCCACCCCUCCGGCACCCUGGGAAGAAACGACGCUCGUCCCCGUCUGGUCCCUGACGAAACUGAUCACGGCGCUAAGCACCCUCCUCCUCAUCGACCGCGGCCAACUCUCCGCGACCACCCCCGUCAGCCACUACUGGCCCGCCUUCACGGCCUCCCCGCGCAUUCAAGUCCGCCAUCUCCUCAGCCACACCUCCGGCCUGGCGGGGUGGGACAGCCCCGGGCCCACCGCCUCGGAGAUCCUGGACGUGGAGGCCUGCACCGCGCGCCUAAUCGCCCAGUCCCCCUGGUGGGAGCCCGGCACGGCCUCGGGGUACCACAUCCUCUCGUACGGGUUCCUGCUGGGCGGGUUGAUUCGGCAGGUCACCGGCCGGGGGUUGAGCGAGUUCAUCCGCAGCGAGCUGGUGGUGCCGCUCGGCGCGGCGGGCGGGUUCUUUCUCGAUGUCCCCGAGCGCGAGUGGGCGCGGAUCGCGGCGCUUGUGCCGCCGCCGCCGGCGGAGUGGGAGAUGCCCGUGUUGGAGCCGGGGAGUGUGGCGGGGCGGGCGAUAUCGAGUGCCGCCGGAGCGGUCGGCGUGGAUAGUCCGGUCACGCCGGGGUUCCGGCACGCGGAGAUGGGGGCGUCGGAUGGGUUUGGGAAUGCCAGGGCGAUUAAUCGGAUUCUGGAGGUGGUGACCCUCAAGGGGGUGGUGGGCGGGAAAAGGUUUCUCAAGGAGGAGACGGUCGAUCUCAUUUUUCAGGAGCAGGUGUCCGGCGUGGAUUUGGUGCUGGGCACUCCGGUCACGUUUGGGGUGGGCAUGGCGAUGGCGAGGCCUUCGGGGCCCAGUUGGUUGCCUGAUGGAAGGAGGGUGGGAUAUUGGACGGGUUGGGGCGGGUCGUUGGGGUUGAUGGACGUUGAGAGGGGGGUCACCGUCACGUAUACCAUGAAUAAGAUGGAUAUGGGGUUGGCGGAGAAUGAGCGCGCCAGGGAGUAUGUUAAGGCGAUUUAUGCCGCGUUGGACGGGUAU